AUGGCCCAGUUUGUCUGUAACCUUGUGGAGAAGGUCCCGGUGCUGGUGAAUGCUGCUGGGACUUAAAUGUAACCUUGACUGGCUACAUUUUGACACUAUGCCAAGGUUGAGCUGGUUCCUCCAACUCCUGCUGAGAUCCCUACAGCUAUUCAGAGCUUGAAAAAAAUAGUCAAGUGUGCUCAAACCAGUAGCUUCAAAGGGCUCACAGUUAAGGGAGCUCUGCUGAAUGGUUUGGUUGCCACUGAGGUGUGGAUGAGGUUUUAUGUUGGUGAAAUCAUAAGCAAGCGUGGUAUCAUUGGCUAUAAUGUUUGA